AUGAAAUUAUUCUUAACUGCAUUAACAAAAAUUCCAUGUCUACCACCAUCAACUGUCUGGCGUGGUAUCACGAAAAAUAUUAGUGAAGAAUUUCAGCCGAGUACUGUUAUGACCUUAUGGCCAUUUUCAUCAUGUACUGUCACAUUACCUGUUCUUGAAAAUAACAUCUAUUUAGGUACUACUGGUAAUCGAACAUUAUUAUCUAUUGAAGUAAUUAAUGGUCGAAAUAUACGCGAUCAUUCACAUUUUCAGACUGAAGAUGAAACUCUACUUCUUCCUGGUACUCGGAUGAUCGUUCAAUCACAAUUCAGUCCAGCAUCUGGACUUCACGUCAUUCAUUUGAAACAAAUUAUACCAAAAGAAGUGUUACUAGAAUCACCAUUUGAAGGUGUACAACUUUUUCCAAAAAUCAAGUAAGUCUAAACGAAUUUCAUUGAAACUGUAUUUUUAAUCGGAUAUUUUCUUACAUCUUCAAGAGAUUCAUGGUAUCGAAAGAAAAGAUUUGCCAUCUCAUUCGGUACAUUACUCAUUGGAUCAAUAGUUAUAGGCUCGGCUUCGGGAUCAAAAUUUGGUAACAAAGACACGAACUCAACAGGUUCGAUUUUCUUAUACUUUUAUAUAGAAUAGUACCACAGUCAGAAUUUUUUUGUGACAAAUUAUGUAGAGUAGUAUAAUUUUAAUUAUCUAUUGUAGAACGACGGUGCAGUUCUCCUUACAUUCGAGUAUCAGGUACUUAUAGAACUGGUAAUACACCCGUUUCAGCUGUACUGGGCGAUUUCAAUGAUGAUAGUAACAUCGAUAACGUAGUAACAACUCAAUAAGAUAAUGAAAUUGCUCUGUUAUUUGGUAAUAGUGAAGGCAUUUUUCAUGGACGAUACAGUAUUCCGACACAUCCACGACCAGCCGCAGUCAAGUUAAGAGAUUUAAAUCAAGAUAAGAAACUAGAUUUGAUUGUAGUCAAUCAAGGUAAUAACACGAUUAGUGUGAUGCUCGAUGAUGGAAAUGGAAUAUUUCAGCCACAUAUUUCGUAUCCAGUUGGAAAUCAACCAUGCGCCGUAGUAAUCGAUGAUUUUAACAAUGAUAAAAAAUUAGAUUUGAUAGUGACCAGUAUAAAAGAUAACACUAUUAACAUUUUAUUACGUAAUGCUUAUGGACGCUUUUCAGCUCAACAAUCCUAUUCUGCUGGCAACAUCGUGAGCAACGGCUUAUCUGGACUCGAAAACAUCAACACUUCAAUUGGGACAACGUGAUCUUUACUGAUGAGAAGACGUUCAAACUUGGCAACAACAGAAGAAGAGUUUGGAGACUUCCAGGCGUUACCAAAGUGUUUGUACAGUUAAAUAUCCUCUCAAGUUGCACGUCUGGGGAUGUUUUUCAAAACAGGAUUUCAGACAAUUAAUUACUUUCAGGCAUAAUUUGACAGGGAAUUUUAUGUACAGUAUAUACGAGAACGGUCUUCUGUCUACUGUUUAUCGUCAAUUUUCUGAAGGUUCGGCUACCUGGAUCCUACAAGAAGACAAUGAUCCAAAACAUAGAUCUUGGCAGGCAAUUGACUGGAAGACCGACAAUCAAAUUCAAGUUCUGUCUUCGCCAUUUUCAUCAUCUGAUCAAAAUCCUAUUGAGAGUGUUUGAUCGAUGAUAAAGAAUACAAUAAGUCAAAAAAACAUUGAAAUAAUUCGAGAGUUAGAACAAAAAGUAAGAAAGGCAUGGAAGGCUCUGCAAAUUGACUUGGCUGUCAAAUUGAUCGAUAGUAUGGAACGACGAAUACAGUGCUUAAUUGAAGUAAACGGUGACUAUACAUCAUAUUAAACAAAACAUUUUGUUAUACUUUUGUUUGAGAAUAAUAAUAAAAAGAAAGCGAAUAAAAAAAGGUUUGAAAAAAAUGGAAGGGGGAAGGGGAAAGACUUUUGCUCACGGAUGUAUUUAAGAAAAUCCAAAGAAAGAUUUGUUAAACUACUCUGAUGAACAUAUUUUGCAGAUUUUUUUUCUCUCUAUUUGUCGUUUUUGUUCUACAUUUUGAUCUUUUCAUCUUUAAUAAAAAAUAAAUAGAAAUUUAGUUUUUUUUAUUU